UGGAAAAGCGGGCUUCCUGCUUGCCGUAGCCGACUACGUUGACAACAUGGCGUCCACGGAUGUCCACGUCCGAAUAUGUGAACAAGAAAUACUUAAAUAUGAUUUGGAAAUCAAGGCUCUCGUCCAGGAUAUUAACGAGUGUGAAGGCCCUCAAAGCCGGCUGACAGAACUGAACGCAGAUGUGAAAAAGAGUUUUCACAAUCUCAGAUUGCGUAUUCAGGAUUUAGAGCAGAUGGCGAUGGAGCAAGACAAAGAGUCUGACAAGCAGAAUUUGAUGGCUCAAGUGGAGGGACACAGAAAGCAGAUGCUCAGUAACCAGACAGUUUGGAGGAAAGCCAACCUGGCCAGCAAACUGUCCAUAGACAACAUGGAGAAACAGGCUCUACUGAGGGGACCGGACAGUACUGCGAGGCAGAGAAAGAUGACCAAAGAGGGCCUGGCUCAGACCACCAGUGACAUCACAGAGAAUCUGAUGAGCAUCAGCCGGAUGAUGGCGCAGCAGGUCCAGCAGAGCGAGGAGACCAUAACAACACUGGCGACCUCCUCGAGGACGGUCCAAGAGACCAACGAUGAGUUUAAGACCAUGACGGGGACCAUCCAGCUCGGGAGGAAACUCAUCACCAAGUACAACCGCCGAGAGCUGACAGACAAGCUGCUCAUCUUCCUGGCGCUCGCCCUCUUCCUCGCCACCGUCCUCUACAUCCUCAAGAAGAGACUGUUCCCCUUCUUGUAGACCAGGUACCUUCUGAGGACUCUUCCCGGUCCACAAACAGUACUUUACAUAGUCAGCCUGAAGGAUGUAAACAACUUUGAAUGCUGCUUCUCACAUCAGUGUCUGCUCAGAGGAGUGUGGACGACUCCCUCUGCUGCUCUGUGAUGCUGCACAAAGAGGAAGAGAAACCUACACAGUCUCCAAACAGUGUUUAAUUUAUUAAAGAGUUUAAUUUAUCACUAAAUAAGAAAGGUUAACUGUGUGACAGUAAUGCUGUGCAUUGCUUCUCAUGAAAUCAGUUGAUUUGAAUUGAUUUAUGUAAUAGAGACGAUAAUCCUGUUUGUAGCUCUCACACACCUGAAUCAGUGGCUCUAAGUUUCUCUAAACUCUGCCACGAGUGCGGAUAAUGACAGCUCUGAUACUCGUGUUAAUCUAAGGGGAAACAAUAAAAUCUUUUUUUUUUUUUAAAGGCAAUGACCCUUUAAUUUAACAAGCUUUGAUUGGCACACAUGAUGCCAAAACAUUAUUAAAGAAGCUUAUAAUUGAAUGAAUUACUGUUAUUUAAUAGUAGGUAUAUAGUCUCUGAUCUUAUUUUCCCUGUGGGGUAAUAAAGUACUUUUGGUCUGUAGAAUAACAGGAAGCACAUUUUGGGAUGAAUAUUUGGACAGUCUUAGGUUUCUAAGUGAGGAGGGUCCCAUUAUAUAUCCAAACAAUGUCAUGAAGUAAAUUAUUUUAUUGUGAGUCUAACUGUUAUUAAUGACCUUGUACUUAAAAAGUAAGGUUGGAUUAAUUCUAGCAUUAUAAUAACUCUUUUUGGGAUUAGCAUAUUAGAGCAACUUUCAACUUUGACACAAUAAAAUCCAAAGUGCAGUCACUUAGUUUACACCUCACCAGCUGAACCAUCAGAUCAGCACAUGCACUUAUACACAUACACCCUGUCCUAAUGUUGUAUUUGACAAAAAGACCACCACAGGAGAGUGCACACUUCACUCCAUCUCUGCCCGUGUGAGCCGGGCUCAGGUCAGCGGCCGAGCAGUGAUCACACGGGCAGAGAUAGAGCAGCAUGCAUCCCUGCCUUUCUUCAGAUAAGACCCGGAAAAGCAGAUUAAUCUGACCCGUUUCCCUCUCCCUUUUCCAGUGUGGGUGGAGGGUGAGGGAGGGGAUAUUUUUAGGUUUGUGUGGCGUUGUUAUCUGACGUUGCCUUUUCAACACCUUGGAGGAGGAGGGGGGGGGGGGGGCGAGGAGAUACAUGACCUUGCUCCCCUUUUCUGAAAGCGCCUGGCAUUUAAUGUUAAAUAUAUGUUGAUGCUGUCAGUGUUGAUGAUCAAUAAAUUCCAAUAAUUGUUCAACAUCCU